CGACACUGCGCUGCUGUUGGUGCUGUCAGUAGCAGCGGGGGUGAAAAAAAAACAACAAAAAAACAAAAACAAAAACAAACGACGCUCAACAAACACUCAAGAAUAACAAACUAAAGUGGUGAGUAGAGAGAAGAGAGUCUGUAGGGCAGUACCCGAGUUGUCAACGCUGUGGUCCGAGCUGCAGGAGCAGGAGCCUGGAGGAGCCUCCACAGUGUCUGGGAGGGUUAGGUUGUGUUGUGUUGUGUCGUGUUGUGUUGUGUUGUGUUGUGUUGUUUACACACGCGUCAGUCGCCACGUUUCAACUCCUAACUCCAGCUCGUAUCUUCACAAUGGAGCGUGGAAAUAAUUCCAGAUGUUUGGAGAACACCAGCAACUACUUCUCUGUUCCAGCUCCACGCGGGACGCCUGCUCUGGCCGUCUUCUAACACUUUGUAGACUUGUGAGCAAGAAAACUGUUGUUUGAGAGCAGGACGAGAAACACACACACACACACACACACACACACACUCCAUGUGAUUUGUCGCACAGACGAAAUCCAGCUGUUUGUUUGGAGUUGUGUUUUAGUCCUCGAGUGGAGGAGUGGAGAUGGAAGGAGCGGAGGACAAAGGGAGAGGGAGAGGGAAGGAGAAGAUCUUCUCGCUGUGGUAUGUGGGCUGCAGCGCGCUGGACCGGCGCACCACGCUGCCCAUGCUGCCGUGGCUGGUGGCCGAAAUCCGCAGGAAGAGCGAGUCCGGUCCGGUUCAGGCUCGGCUCGUCCAGCUCUCCCUCACCCCCCCGAUGAUCCGCUGCGUGCCCGCCAGCAGCAGCAGCGCGUCCGUCUUUAUCUUCGAGCACAAGGCGCAGUGCAUCUCGCGCUUCGUGCACAACAGCCAUGACCUCGCCUACUUCGCCUACCUCAUCCGCUGUCAGCCGGACGACCCGGAGGGCGAGAUGGUCUGCCAUGUGUUCAAGGCGUGCGACCCAGACCAGGUGUCCGAGGUCAUCAGCAGCAUCCGGCAGACCUCCAAAAGUGCACUCAAAGAGGAAAACAAACCCAGGCAGGAGGCUGAGGAGUCCUUUUACAACUCGCAAAAGUUUGAGGUGCUUUACUGUGGCAAGGUGACCGUGAACCACAAAAAAGCAUCCUCCACCCUGAUCGACGACUGCAUCGACCUGUUUCGGGAGCACGAGUCCGAGCGCAGACGUCUGCGGCUCCUGAACGGCCAGCGCUCUGUGGAGACCCCGGUGGUCUUCAGCGUGGGAGACGACCCGCUCAACGCAUCGCUGUCUGAAGCUGCGCUCACAGAGAUAAAUGAGAAAGCAGGCGGUAUGCGCGGCGCCUUCCCCGAGUGCAUCCAGGAGGACUCGGGCUUUGAGCAGCAGGAGUUCCGCACUCGCUGCAGCAGCUUGGCAGGUGGCUUACAGAAGAUCCCUAGAGAAACAGGAGCCCAAGUGCAAACGCGUAGGAGACAUGCUAGCGCACCUAACAACGUUCAGCCCUCUGAUGCAGACAAGAACCGCACCAUGUUGUUUCAGGUGGGACGGUUCGAGGUGAAUCUCAUCAGCCCCGACAGCAAGACGGUAGUGCUGGAGAAGAAUUUCAAAGAUAUCUCGUUUUGCUCCCAGGGAGUGAAGCAGACGGACCACUUUGGGUUCAUCUGUCGUGACGUGUUGGAGUCGGGGCCCAGCCAGUACACGUGCUACGUGUUCCAGUGUGCCAGUGAGUCUCUGGUGGAUGAGGUGAUGCUGACUCUGAAGCAGGCCUUCAGUACAGCUGCAGCACUGCAGAGCUCCAAAACCCAGAUCAAGCUAUGUGAGGCCUGUCCGAUGCACGACCUGCACAAGCUUUGCGAGCGCAUCGAAGGACUGUACCCUCCCAGAGCAAAGCUGGCCAUUCAAAAAUACCUCUCCCUGCUGAGCGAUAACGAGCAGGCCGACAUUUUCGAACGCGUGCAGAAGAUGAAGCCAAGUUGCGAUCAGGAGGAGAAUGAGCUGGUUAUUCUUCACCUCAGGCACCUGUGUGAGACCAAGCAGAAGACGCAUGCGCACAUCGGAGAGGCUCCUCAGAACGCAGUAGGUUCCGAGAGCUCAAGUGCAGCUGGACGCAACAAGCUGGACGUGCUGAAGAAUAAAGCACGCAGCUCCCUCACCAGCUCCCUGGAGAACAUCAUUUCACGGGGUGCAAACCGGAUGCGCAUGCGUCUAGGAAGCAUGGGCAGCUUUGACCGACAAGACGAGUCUCCCGGUGAUUCUCCUCCAGGGACUCCUCCCGCUACCUUGGAUGAGGACCCGGACGCCCCUCUGUUCCGGCGCCGUGCACACACCUUCAGCCACCCUCCAAUCAAGAAGAGGAUCUCUUUCACCGAGUUACCGACCCAGAACAAGGUUCCUUUGCACAGACAGCAGUCUCUUGCUCCAGAGCUGUUGCAGAGCAGCCCGGUGCGUGUACCAAGAAAACGCAGUGUCUCUGAGGGCGAGUCUUCCUUCAACCUUCCCUCCUCCUUCUCCACUUCCACUUUCCUGAAAAGUUUUUACCUGGGCUCCAUCAGCUCACUGGCCUCCCUGCCGGACAGCCCCAAGAGUAAUGGGGAGGACAGAAACAGGAGGCUGUCCGGCUGCAGCACUGACUCGGUGUCUGCAGUGACUACACGCAGAGUGUCUUGGCGUCAGAAGAUUUUCCUGAGGGUGGCUUCACCCAUAAACAAAGCCUCAGCCUCGAUGCACAAGGCUGAUAUGGACGGCAGUGAGCUGCUGCCGCUUUCUCCCCGUGCCUUACAACAGGAGCAGGACACCCUAUCUGGGCUGCUCUCCUCCACUCAGAGCCUGAGAGGAGAAAAUGGACGCCGCACUACUGCUGAUUAUAGAGCUCUGUGGAAGAAGGCCAUCCACCAACAGAUUCUCCUCAUCCGCAUGGAGAAGGAGAACCAGCGCCUGGAGGCCAGCCGAGAUGAGCUACACAUCCGUAAGAUGAAACUGGAUUACCAGGAGGUGGGCGAGUGUCCUACGGAGGUGCAGGCUCUGUGGGAGAAAAAGCUGAACGUGCCUUGCAGGACCAAAGUGCAGUGGGACAAAGACCAGAUCCACUCUGCUCUCUGCCAGGGUGUCCCAAAAAGUCGGCGAGGUGAGGUGUGGCUGCUCCUCUCUCAGCUGUAUCGCCUGCGUCAUCGUCUACCUCAGCGGCAGCAGCCUCCUGAUACGUCCUACCAGGACCUGCUCAAGCAGCUCACCACACAGCAGCACGCCAUCCUGGUGGACCUGGGGCGCACAUUCCCCACGCACCAGUACUUCAGCGCACAGCUGGGCGCAGGCCAGCUGUCUCUCUAUAACCUACUGAAGGCCUACUCUCUACUGGACACGGAGGUGGGCUACUGCCAGGGCAUCAGCUUUGUGGCUGGAGUGCUGCUGCUGCACAUGAGCGAGGAGCAGGCCUUCGACACGCUGAAGUUCCUGAUGUACGACCUGGGGCUCCGGCGCCAGUACCGGCCUGACAUGAUCUCCCUGCAGAUUCAGAUGUACCAGCUGUCCCGGCUGCUGCAUGACUACCACCGUGGUCUGUAUUCGCACCUGGAGGAGCAUGAGAUCAGCCCCAGCCUGUACGCUGCUCCUUGGUUCCUCACGCUCUUCGCCUCCCAGUUCCCCCUCGGCUUCGUCUCGCGCAUCUUCGACCUGCUAUUUGUCCAGGGCACAGAGGUGAUUUUUAAGGUGGCCCUGUGUUUGCUGAGCAACCAUGAGGGAGAGAUACUGGAGUGUGACAGCUUUGAGAGCAUUGUAGACUACCUUAAGACCACCAUUCCCACCCUCAGGCAGAACCAGAUGGAAGAGACAAUCACCAAGGCUUUAGAGAUGGACAUCUCCAAGCAGCUGCACGCGUAUGAGGUGGAGUACCACGUCCUGCAGGACGAGAUGGUGGACGCCGCGCCACUUUCAGAGGAAUCAGACAGGCUGGAGAGACUCGAGAAGACCAACGCUCAGCUGAAGAAGCAAAACAUGGAUCUGCUAGAGAAACUGCAGGCUGCACGGGUGAAAAUCCAGAGUCUAGAGAACAGUGUAGAGAGCUUCCUGGUACGCGAGAGCCAGAUGAAGCACAUGAUCCGCUCGCUGGAGCAGGAGAAGGCCAACUACCAGAAGACCAUAGAGCGCAUGCGCAGCAGCCUCCCGGCAGACGCAGCUGACGUGGAGAUGACCCCGCUGAAGAUGAACAGCAAAACCAAAGCAGCCGACAAAUAACCCUACGGAGCAUAUAGAACAUGCAGAUUACAUCCGUGCGUGGUGGAGUACUGAGAGAGGGGUUGUUUAAUUUUGCCUCGGUAGUCCCAUGACUAAGAUCAAGGGUUGAUUCUGGGAAAGGAAAGUAGCAUCCACUGUCUCUGUACUCCUGCGCCGAUAAAAAAAAAAAAAAGCGCCCCAAAAAGUCCUGUCAGACUUGCUUUACUCCACUGUACUCAAUUCACUUCAUGUUUAGGAAUCACGGCUGCCGCAUAGAACACAAACCUCGCUUCGAUGUCAGCUGUGUUGAGAACACUUGAAAACAAGAUGAAUGUAGUUUUUGUUUUUUUUCUUUCCCCCCAGAGUGCAGCGUGACUCAUGGCAGUGUACGGAGGAUCACUGCCUUCAUGUCAGAGUACGCUUUGAGAAUGGCAGGCAGUGCGACUUUGAGCUCGCCCGAGAACUUCUCCUGAAGGAACACAACAAAAGCGGCGGUGACGCCAUCGCCCGGCAAAAACCAAAAUAUUUAGCGUAUCAGAUCGACACUCUGCUCAAAGAGCUUAACCCAAAGUUCAAGCAGGAAAUGAAACUCUCUCUCUCUCUCUCUCUCUCUGAAUUUCCUCUGACUACAGCACCGUCCAAAUUUAACCUACUCUCCAAACUCCUACACCUCUCUGGCAGUUCAUCAGUUACUGAAUGUGCUUCAAGGCAAAUCAGGCCUGCUGAAGACAGGAAGAGCCUACCACACCAUCUACCACAAUGCUGCAGCGUACGUUCACGCGUUACGCAAGCUACACAGUGAAAAGUUUGUUUGCACAUGGCAUUUAAUGUCUAAAAGUAUUCCGUUCAGGUGAGAAAAUUCUACAGGGCGACGAAAAAUUCGGGGGAAAAAAAUAAAACCCCCAUCCGUCCCAACAAACAAAUAAUUUUAUCAUGUCCUACAAACUCGUUUAAAAUAAAAACGGUAUCAGGAACCUGCGCAAAUACGAAGCGUCUCCCGUACAUGCAGGAUGCUUUUUUAAAAUUAAAAAAAUAUAUUUCAAAAAAAGGGGCGCACGGCGGCUUAGAGGUUAGCAUGUACGCCUCACACCUCCAGGGUCCGGGGUUCGAUUCCCACCGUGGCCCUGUGUGUGUGGAGUUUGCAUGUUCUCCCCGUGCUGCGGGGGUUUCCUCCGGGUACUCCGGUUUCCUCCCCCAGUCCAAACACAUGCAUGGUAGGCUGACUGGCGUGCCCAAAGUGUCCGUAGUGUAUGAAUGGGUGUGUGAGUGUGUAUGUGAUCGGCACCCUGUCCAGGGUGUACCCCGCUUUGUGCCCCAUGCUCCCUGGGAUAGACUCCAGGUUCCCCCGUGACACUGAAAAGGAUAAAGCGGUAUAGAAGAUGGAUGGAUGGAUAUUUAAAAAAAAAAUCUUAGCCUUCCAUGAAACAUCGCAUAUUAACGAAGCCUUAUGAAUGUUUUAUGUAUCACGCGUUUUUAAUUAAUGCUGCGCAAAAUCUCACGCACCUGAUUAGAAAACAAUCUCUCUUUUUUUAUUCUGAAGAACUGAUUCAGUAUGGGGUCUGUCACAGGAACGGAGCCUUCACCGGUAAACAGCUGCUAUUUUACACCGUAUGACUCCAGCAAGUGUGUGUGUAAAGCUUCUCAUUCCCUACGCCUUAAAGUCUGGGACAAGUUGGCUUCCGUGAUGAAAGUUUCACACCGUUUUAAUGAAUGAGUAUUGAAUAUUAAAUAUUGAGAGCGGUGCGCCGAUUCAGAUGCUGGAAUUUGAGCUAAAGUGGAUUUAAAAAAAAAAAAAAGAAAGAAAGAGAUAUUUUUAAUACGCUUUAAUGUACGUGUAAUGCGCGAACAACGUUUAUUCUCGGUUGCAGAACAAUCAGCAGAAGCUGUCCAGGCUGUGUGCCAGAUACUACGCUGUACUUUUUGAAAACUUUUUUUCCUUCCGGUCAUCUCUCAAAGGGUGACUUACUCCUACUCUUGUUUCCAGACAGCUGAAAUUCUGCAGGGGGUUUAUUGAUGAUUGCUGCUCUGAUAGUGGUUCUGUUUUAUUUGCUUUCCUGUCUUUAUCAAGUCAUUUAUCAAUGCAUAGCUGUCUUGGGCUUUCAAAACCCUCAGGAUCUCCACAUCUUGCGAUUUCUUUAUUCUUUUUUUUUUUUCCUUCCCCCUACUUCAUAUAUAUUUGUUUGGUCUUAAAGUGAUGUUCUAGGCCAGCAGUGACAUUUUGACAGUGUUUCAUUUCUGCAUCAAAUGCAGACAGACGCUGUAGGUGUUAAGUGGGUUAUACUGGUCUGAUAAUUGCGUGCGGCUAAAGGCCAAAAAAAAAAAGAAAAAAAAUACCAACCCAGCUCUGUUUUAUUUGUCUGUUUUGUUUGGAAGCAUGGAACAGAAGUCGCAUCUUAUGCUGGUGUGAAAUCAGGUCAGUUUAUAAAAAGAUUUGGCAUGGACGUCACCAUGGCAGUAAACGAUGCAUUGAGACGUGCAAUAAGAGAGAUCAUUUGGAGCAAUUAAGAAAACCCUGUUAGAAAAUGAUUCCGACGUGGAAGCAUCUCGUAGCAUGUUUUGUGUCCAAAAGUGUCUUAUCAUAUUUUUAUCGACGUAUUCUCCAAAUGAAGCGCAUUUACCAAAAUAUCAAUUUUACAUUAAUCAAAGGUUUGACUGUCAUCACUGAACCUACAGUAAACACGGAGCGUGCUUGCGGUAUACACACCAAACCGUCGCAGUUAUGGGUGGGGUACACAACUGCUGUGUCGCUUUUCAGCAAGUUCUCACAUUUCUGCUCUUUUUAAGAAGUGAAAUAUGCAAAAUGUUACGCCACUUGAUGUAUGUGUGCAGGAAAAAAAUAUGCAUAACUCUGAUGUUAAAAAGAUCACAGAUGAUCUAAAUUUAUGAAGGCGCACAUGACGAAACUUCUGUUUUCUGUUGUUGUUUAAAUCAGAUGCCAGAAUGCAGUUGGUGUCUUUCAUUGAACUUGACACCAGGUUAGAUUUUGAGUGUUUUUCCACCAUGUCCAUGCUGGGGGAGGUGCAGUGCUGUCUGCACUGUGUUUUUAAUGAUUGUUGCUCUGUAAAUACCAUUGAAUAAUGCAAAAAAACAAAAACAAAAAAAAGUCUGUGGACUCUGUAGUCCACUUGUUGUAUGUUAAUCAAGAGCCCAUGCCUUAUUAAAACAUUCUUCACUGGC